GUAUUUCAGUUUAGAAAUUGAUUGAAAUGCAACCGGAUUUGCUAGUAAAACUUUUGAGCAAGUGAUGCAAGAUUAUUACAUCGCGAACAAUUGUAAAAUUUCAUCGAUCCACCCAUUUCAAGCUUAUAAUUAUAUCAUCCAAAGAUCAGAUUUCGACAUGAAGCAAAUACCUAAUUCGGUGACUCAGGAUCUGCUCAUCACCCCAAUGAUAUCAAGUAUAUUCGAAUCCCAAAGAUUCGUUCCGAAUGUUCACCCGUUCAUUGUGCCCUUCAAAUAUAUGAAACGCAAAUCACGCAGCGAAAAAAAUCCUGUUCCGAAUAGUCAAAAGGAUGAAAAGUAUUUCGAAAGACGUAAACGUAAUAAUGAAGCAGCAAAAAAAUCUCGUGAUGCUAGAAAACUUCGCGAAGAUAAGAUAUCUCUAAAAGCAGCCCUCCUGGAACGGGAAAAUGCAAUUCUCAAAUCUCAAAUAUUAGCUCUCCAGGAGGAGGUAUUUACUUUGGCACAAAUGAUCUGUAUGAAAGAUAAAACACUCAUAUGCACACGUCAUGUGCAACAACCACAGAGCUUUAGCAAUUUGUAAAAAAUAAAAUUUAGCACAGGAACUCUUCGUCAGUUUCCCUAAUUGGUGUACUCAUUUAAUUACAGCGCAGUUUAUUGAGUUAUUUUGCAGGAUAAAUGAAUGCGAGCUAAGCACAGGUCGCACGAAAAUAUAGCUCAAACGGCUUCAUAAAUAUUUAUGUGAAGUGAUCAAAGUGUUGUGUGAUAAUAACAGGUGGAUAUACUAUUAUGUCGGGAGAAUUAUGUUCGUGCCAUCGCCACAACUAAUAGGGGUUUCCUACAAAGUUUUUGACGUAGUUAAUCAGAUGUGUUACGAAAAUGAAUCCCUUUCUCGAAAGUGGAUAAAUCAAUAGAAUACGAAUUCAAAUUAUGAGUUUUCAUUGUUGUUAUGAUGUUACUGAAGUUAUCUAUGAAAAUAGUUGUAUCCGACCUUUUUAAUCAAAUCACCCUUCGAUCCGAACGUUUGCGUAAUGGUGAGAAUAUCAACACCUGGCAAAAUCACGUUGACUGAACAAAAACUAAGAACGCGAUAUUGUAAAAAUAAAAGGUAAACACAAAAACGCCGUAAUCUGCCGUGAUUUAUUGAUAACAUAAAUACGACUGAUUUUCUUUUUUUGUUUUCAUAGACCUUCAGAGUUUCAAUAAUUCCGAAUACAGCUUCUAAAUAUACAGCCAUUCCUUGCCAAUAUUUUGCCAUUCCAUACUUUCAUAUUUUGGUCUAUUUAUUCCACUUUUUCCCAAAAAGAACUUUUUUUUUUAAAUUCAUAAUUUUGAACCACUGAACCGAUUCAGAUGAUUUACAUAUCAAAUUGAAUGAGCUAGCCUUUUAUUUAAAAAAAUAUUGAAUCUGCAAAAAAAUGGAUUUAAUUUUCGUAAUUAUUGAUUGUAUUCGUUUUUUAUUGUUUUCCUGGCUUUGGACUAGAGGGCGCUAUAUUUUUUUUUAUAUAUUCUCUUGGAAGUUGAGGAUUUUUUACAUAACAUAUCUCGAUAUCAGAGAGGCUUUUCUCUCGUUUUCGAGAUAUGAUUUUUCAAAGUUAACUGGUGGUCGGAAAAAUCAUGUUUUCUUUUAUCCCAAAAUGACUUUUUGCAAAAAAUCAUAACAUUCGAAUUACGGCACAUAUUCAGAUGAUCGAUAUAUUAAAUUGAAGCCAAUAAGAUAACCUAUUUGAAAAAAUAUCACACUUGCGGAAAGAUUGGAUUCUAGUCGCAUAGGUCUAGUCUAGUCAAAUAGGAAUAUUGAACGAAGACUUAAAAGUUAAAUUUGCAAAAUAAUGACUUAAAAAACGAAAAAGAAAACCUUUCUGAAUUUUGGAUAUAUUGUGUAAAAAAAACCUCAGCUUUCAAGAAAAAAUAUAUAAAAAUACUGCGCCAUCUAUCUUUAACCGAGAAAGCUAUGAAAAACUAACUCAAUCAAUAAUUACAAAAACGAAAAUCCAAACUUUUUGCAAAAGUAAUAUUUUUUCAAAGAAAUCUAACUAAUAAACUUCAAUUUGAUAUUUCAUCUGAAUCGGUCCAGUAGCUCAAAAGUUAUAAAUUUUUGUAUUAGAAAUAAGGGGGAAAAUUUGUUUUUUUCAAACCAUCGGUUAACUUUGAAAAAUCAUAUUUCAAAAACGAAAAAAAGAUAUAUCUGAUAUUGAGAUAUGUUAUGUAAAAAAUUUUCAGCUUUCAAGAAAAAAUAUAAAAAAAUAUAGCGCCCUCUAGUCCAAAGCCAUGAAAACAAUAAAAAACGGCUACAAUCAAUAAUUGCGAAAAUAAAAUCCAUUUUUGCGAGUUGAAUAUUUUUCUAUAAAAAACUCAUUGGCUUCAAUCAGAUAUGUCGAUCAUCUUGGAAAUGUUAUGAAUUUUUGAAAAAAGUUAUUUUGGGAAAAAAGAAAUAAUAACCCUAAUAAACCCUAAUAAAAAAAAAAUAAAAAUACAGGUCUAAUGUUCUGCGAUAAUGAACAAAAUUUCCACUUUUACGAAAAUCUUAGAGUCACUAUAUCGGUUUGGCAUGGAAUGGGCUCAUAGCAAUGGGCUUUUCUAAAAUAUUUUCUUCGUAAAUACGAAGACGGUUCGGUUAAUUUUAUUAUUUUUUCGCUGUCCAAAUCAUUACCAAAUCAUAAGUGUGAAUGUCGUCAGUCGGUGUUUCGGUCUUAUUUUUAUUCAUUCUAGAUAGAAUAAAUCGACUGUUUUCGAGUUUUAGAACUGCAUAAAUACAAAGCAGAAUAGAUUUCUCAAUACAUUCAAGUAGUUCCAUCCUUGAAAAUUCCUGACUUUUGUGAUCGAUCUUGUAUGUUUUAUUCAACUUUACUACUUGUUCAAAUAUACACAGAACUACACUACGACUCACUGUGCUCGUGUUUUUGGACCCUGUUGGAAAUUAAAUCGUACGGCAAGGGGUUAAAAAUUAGAGCAAUAAGAUGUGCCUUAUGGAAAGAAAAAGACAGGGAAAAUCUAGUCUAUUCUCGAGAAGAAGAAGAAAAGAUAUGGAAGAAGAAGAUAAUACGUUAUUUAGAAACAUUAGAGAUAAGAAAAAACGUCUUUGAUGUCACAUUAUAGUUCUAUAUUAUCCAUUUGGAGUGAAAGCUAUAAUAGUUUACGAAUAAUGGCCUUAAAUGCAUAAAAACUAUACUCAAUAAUUUACAGACAUACACUACCACACAAACUAAAAGAACACUAGCAAGAAAAUAUCUUGUUAAUUACAAGAGAAGCAAGCAUAACACAGGAAAAUCCAACGCACAACAAAUAACAAUUUGAAAGAAUAGCAUUAGUAAAAAUUGAUUAUAAAUACUCUAUAUUCAAUAAUCAUGAACGACAUUAUGUGUUUUUGUGAACGAAUAAAUAAAC